AAAUGGCGGUGGCAAGGUCACAAUCCUUGGGAGUUGGGACGGCGGACGGCGGCGACACCUCCAACCCCACCUCGGUAUCGCCACCGCGGCGCCGUUAUCACCGUCGCAGCCAUGAGGCCUCUCCUUACCCGCCUCUUCACCUCCACGCACAUUGCCAUGGCCUCCUUCUCUUCCUCUCCGUCUAGGCGGUUGGCCCAUCUCCGACGCCAUCUCGCCUCCUCUUCCGGCGACCUCUCCUCAGUAGGCGCCCCUGCCGCAGCCGCCGACGCCGUCCCCGCGAAAAGCCCGCGUCCGGCCGCCUCCAAGGUCCACGCCGCCGUGCUUGUCUGCUUCUUCGAGGACCCCAGCGGCGCGCCCCGGAUCCUCCUCACCAAGCGCGCUUCCUCCCUCAACUCGCACUCCGGGGAGGUGUCGUUACCCGGGGGGAAGGUGGACGAGGGGGACGCGGACGCAAAGGCCACGGCUCUGCGGGAGGCGAAGGAGGAGAUUGGGCUGGACCCGGCCCUUGUCUCUGUUGUGACAGUUCUUGAGCCCUUCCUGUCCAAGAAUGGCCUCAAUGUUGUUCCUGUAAUUGGCAUGGUUUCAGAUAGAGCAUUAUUCAAGCCUGUCUUAAACAAAGCUGAAGUGGAGGACAUCUUUGACGCACCACUGGAGAUGUUUCUAAAGGACGACCACCGGAGAACAAAACAAAUGAAUUGGAUGGGCAUAGAUAUUCCUGUCCAGUUUUUCGACUACGAGGCAGAUGGCAAAAAGUUUGUGAUUUGGGGCCUAACUGCACACAUCUUGACCCGGGCGGCAGCAGUCGUUUUACAGAGGCAACCAUCGUUUGUGGAACUACCAAGACCCAAAAGCACACCCAUAGCCGGCACUGAUGAGACAAAACCCUGAUGGCUGAUGUUUUAUGAUAAUAUUGUCAGGGGUCGUUUGGUUGUAGAAUUAUCUUUCUUUCCCUCCACAUGUUGGCUGGCAAAGUUACCAAAAUUUGUUUGUACAUUCCAAUAUAGAUUUGAAUUGUAUUUUCAUGUAUAGCAGACACGAAAUAUUACUGGCACAUUUGCCCCAUCUUAUUUUGGGGUAAUGACCCCUUGGUGGAAGAGGAGGGCCACUGCACUUUGUGACAAAGGAAUGUAUCAUAAACUCUAGAAAAAUAUGUCAAUUUAUUUUCCACACUUCCUAUA